CAGAUAUCACAGCCGUGUGCAGGGCUGUGCAAGCUCACUGCUGGGACGGAAGCAUGCUCGCAGUGCGGGUAGUUGCAGCUGGUCGUACUCCCAUCAUCGUUACACGAGUCCUGCGAUUCAGCAGCAGGACAUCCGUCGAGAAAAAAUCGCGAACGCUAUGGACUGGGUCGUGGUUGAGACAGGAAGCAGCGCAACAGAACUCCGCUGACAAUCAUGCGCCAAAGCACGACAGCUUCUCACAGAACCGCAAACGAUCGCGCGAUCCACAAGCGGGCCUUACAACUCCAGCUCCUAAAGAGUCCGAGGAAACCAAAUCUCAGUCGCCGUUCUACUUCGAGACAGCCUACUCAGGCUGGGCGAAGCGACCGUCCCGACCCUUUCCUCCUCCCUUCUUCUCCCCGCCUAGCGGAAGCUUCUCCGAUCCACUGUCGACGCACCAUCGACCCAAAGACCACAAUGGAAAUAUGAUCCGGGGAGUAACGAACGGCGACGAUGCCAUGUUGUCGAGUGAGACGUUGAUUGGAACAAACGAUGGGGUUGGACAGUGGGCGCAGCGGGAGAAAGGCCAUGCGCCGUUAUGGAGCAGACUGAUCAUACACUUCUGGGCGCUUGAGGCUGAAAAGGACGUAUAUGGCGGAGCAGGAGAUCCGGAUCCUGUCAAAUACCUCGAGAAGGCGUAUGAGAGGACGAAGGAAGCGCUGAGCGAGCCAAAUGAGUGGCAUGGCACGACGACGGCCAGUGUCGCUCUGCUGCAUUAUAGCAAGGACAAUGGCGAGCGCCCGGUGCUAUACGUAACUCAACUCGGAGACUGCAAGAUCUUGGUGGUCAGAGCAUUGCCGGAGAAGAAGGAUGACGCGUUGGCUGACAUAUUGUUCUCGAGCAAGGAGCAAUACCAUUACUUUGACUGUCCGCGGCAGCUUGGAACGAAUAGUCCCGACACGCCGCAGAAGAACGCGGUUUUGGACAAGGUGGAUAUUCAGGAAGACGACAUUGUGCUUGCGCUUAGUGAUGGAGUGACGGACAAUCUUUGGGAAGAAGAAGUCGCCGAUUAUGCUAUUGGAGCGUUGAAUCAAUGGAAAGAGGAGCAUCCGGACUGGAAUAAGGAAGAGCAUGCAAAGAGUGAAGACUUGCGACAGGCGAUGAAGUUCGUGGCGCAAGAAAUUGUGCUCAGCGCGAGGAAGAUUGCGGAGGACCCGUUUGCGGCAAGUCCGUUCAUGGAGAAAGGCGUGGAAGAAGGACUGGCCAUUGAAGGCGGCAAGGUCGAUGAUAUUUCCGUGGUGGCAGCAGUGUGCCGUCGCAGGAAGAAGCGCUGAAAGAAGCAGCCUCAGGCAUCGAUGAUGGCUACAUUCUCGCUGUUCUGCCCGUCAUCAAGGAUCGUCUAUCUCAAAGUGGCAGGUCGCUGUUCCUGCAACGACAAUGUCGUGCCGUGCGUAUU